CUAGGAAGCCAACAGUGACAUCAUUUUCCAGAAUUCCCCCCUCAGUCACUGCUGUCUGGACGUCGACUAAAAGACACAAUCACAACAGCGAAGGCGAGGAAAAGGCGAAAAGGCACAAACGUACUGACAGGCGAACUCCGCUGUCUGCUAUUCACGAGGCUUUCUACGACUGUUUGAAAAAAAAACAGCGACACUAAAGGAUGUCUCUGUAUCCUUCUCUCGAGGACCUAAAGGUCGACAAGGUCAUCAGGGCCCAGGCCCAGAUUGCCCAGGCGCCCACCGCCAUGCCAGCCAUCACCGAGGGAACCUACCAGCCUCAGGCUGCUAUUGCUGGGAUGUCAGGAUCAAGCUUGUACCCAAAUCUGGAGGAGCUGGGCAGCUACAUGGGCCUGGCCAUCAACAGUGAUGAAGUCCAGAGGAACCUGGCCCUGGUGCCCAUGGCUGAAAAUCAAGUGGCACUGCCCUCCACCUCAGGUGUCGCGGGCAUGCUGCGGCCCGUGACGGGGUCAGACGUCGGCAUCAGGAGGGCAGAGAUCCGCCCGGGGCUGCGGGAGAUCAUACUCUGUAAGGACCAGGACGGCAAAGUGGGACUCCGACUCAGGGCCAUCGACAACGGAGUGUUCAUUCAGCUGGUGCAGGCCAACUCCCCCGCGUCGCUGGCCGGCCUGCGUUUCGGGGACCAGGUCCUUCAGAUCAACAGUCAGAACUGUGCCGGCUGGAGCGUCGACAAGGCCCACAAGGCCCUGAAGGUGGCAGCUGAGACCCGCAUCGAGCUUGUGGUCCGGGACAGGCCAUUUCAGCGCACCAUCACUAUGCACAAAGACAGCUCAGGCCACGUGGGCUUCAUCUACAAGUCCGGCAAAAUCACCUCGCUGGUCAAGGACGGCUCCGCUGCUCGCAACGGCCUCGUGACCGAUCACUACAUCUGUGAAAUCAACGGGCAGAACGUCAUCGGACUCAAGGAUUCUCAGAUCAAGGAUAUUCUGAGCACCUCUCCGACCGCCAUGACCAUCACCAUCAUGCCCAAGUUCAUCUACGAACACAUGAUCAAGAGGUGACGACAGCUCAGUCCACUUCCACUGUCACACUCUUACUUCACUGUUUGAAUUCAAACGUCACCCAAUGACCUUUAAAUAUACGAGUAUCAUUCUAAACUAAGAUAAACAAAUGCACAGAGGAGUUUUUUCAGGGACAGUUGUGGUUGAAUGAGGUG